AUGAGCUCAAUCAAGGAAUUCCCUCGCAUUAAGGAAGUCCGCACCUUCAUUAUUGAUGGUGUUGGAUCUGGCGGCGAUUACCACAAUGUCAAAGGUGGCCACUGGCUGGUCGACAGCAACAUCUCUACCCCUAUGACCAAAUGGGCACAAUUCCGUGGUUCUCGUACAUCAUGGGGUAUCAACGUGUUGGGUUCCUUCUGCGUCGAGAUUGAGGCAACAGAUGGCACAAAGGGCUUUGCCACUGGCUUUGGUGGUCCUCCUGCAUGCUGGCUCACCCAGCAGCAUUUCAACCGUUUCCUGAUCGGUGCUGAUCCCCGGGAUACCAACGACCUCUUUGAAAAGAUGUACCGUGCCUCCAUGUUCUACGGCCGAAAGGGUCUUCCUGUCGCAGUGAUUUCAGUCAUUGAUCUUGCACUGUGGGAUCUUCAGGGAAAGAUCCGCAAUGAGCCAGUUUACAAGAUGAUUGGUGGUGCUACCCGUUCAAGGCUCAAUUUCUACUGCACCGGUCCCCAGCCCGGAUCAGCCAAGGCUGCAGGAUUUAUUGGUGCCAAGGUUGCUUUGCCUCAUGGACCCGACGAGGGUACCGAGGGAUUACUGAAGAACGUUGAAUACCUGCGCCAACAGCGUGAGAAAGUCGGAGCUGACUUCCCACUCCGCGUUGACUGCUACAUGUCUCUGACAGUCCCCUACACAAUCCAACUUGUCAAGCGUUGCGAGGCUAUUGGUCUCGACAUCGACUGGUGGGAGGAGUGCCUGUCCCCCGAUGACUUCGACGGCCACGCUCUUCUCAAGCGGGCCCACCCAACUGUCAAGUUUACCACAGGAGAGCACGAGUACUCUCGCUACGGUUUCCGUAAGCUGAUCGAGGGCCGUAACCUUGAUAUUCUCCAGCCUGAUGUGAUGUGGGUUGGUGGAAUGACCGAACUUCUGAAGGUCUCCGCCAUGGCCGCUGCUUAUGAUUUGCCCGUCGUUCCCCAUGCCUCUGGGCCUUACUCCUACCACUACGUUGUGUCUCAAACGAACUGCCCCUUCCAGGAGUACCUGGCCAAUUCUGCCGAUGGACACACUGUCGAGCCUGUGUUUGGUAACUUGUUCUUGAACGAGCCCAUUCCCACCAAGGGUUACCUUGAUGUUUCAAUUCUGGACAAGCCUGGAUUUGGUUUGGAGCUUAACCCUGCCGCUCCUCUCAUUCCUGCUGCCGCUAUUCUCACUCCUGCGCCCCAGAAGUCACUUCGUGCUCCUGACAACGAGCAGGCGGCUAACGAGUCUGCUUGA